UUUCCCAGAAUCCUUGGCUUGCUGUAAGGCAGUAGGAAGUUAAGCAGUGCAGAGUACGAAGACGAUGACUUUUGAAUUAUUAUCUUACGUCCGCUAUUGAAGUCAAAGAGUAAGACAUGGGUCAGGCUAACAUCCUGAAUGUGGUGAUAGUACUGACAAACCUCGUCAUAUCCCAUGGACAGCAGUAUCCGUUCAUGGACCCCUCGCUGCCAUGGGAUCAACGUGUCAAAGACCUGAUAGGACGUCUAAGUCUUGAGGAGAUGGUGCUGCAGUUGGCAAGAGGAGGUGCAGGCAGGAAUGGGCCGGCUCCUGCUAUCCCGCGACUUGGGAUAAAGCCUUAUUCCUGGAAUACAGAAUGUCUAAGAGGAGAUGUUCAAGCACCGGGCUGGGCAACAUCCUUCCCCCAGGCUUUAGGAUUGGCUGCAUCCUUCAGUCCAGAGCUGGUUGCCCGAGUGGCAAAUGCUACUGCUACUGAAGUCAGAGCCAAGCAUAACUACUUUAUGUCUGUCGGGAACUAUGAUGACCAUACAGGGCUCAGCUGCUUCAGUCCUGUCAUUAACAUCAUGCGGCAUCCACUGUGGGGGAGGAACCAGGAAACCUAUGGGGAGGACCCUUAUUUAAGUGGAGUCCUUGCAACAGCUUUUGUCAAGGGAUUACAGGGAAAUCAUCCGCGUUAUGUGAAGGCCAAUGCAGGAUGCAAGCAUUUUGAUGUUCAUGGGGGCCCUGAAAAUAUCCCAGUUUCACGGUUUAGCUUUGAUGCCAAGGUACUGGAAAGAGAUUUACGAAUGACUUUCCUACCGCAGUUUCAUGCAUGUGUCCAAGCUGGGACCUUUAGUAUUAUGUGCAGCUAUAACAGGGUCAAUGGGGUCCCAGCUUGUGCCAACAAGAGGUUGCUGACAGACAUCUUGCGCUCUGAGUGGGGGUUUCAGGGCUAUGUAGUAAGCGACGAGGGUGCUGUUGAAUUUGUUAUGUUGGCGCACAGAUAUACAAGCAGCUUUCUGGAGACCGCAGUCGCAACUCUGAAUGCUGGUUGUAAUCUUGAACUAUCCAUCAAUCUGGCAGACAACGUUUUCAUGCAAAUUAAAGAUGCAGUGGUGGAUGGUAACAUCACAAUGGAGACUGUAAAAGAAAGACUGUAUCCAUUGUUUUACACCCGCAUGCGACUGGGAGAGUUUGAUCCACCAGACAUGAAUCCAUACAGCUCCUUAGACUUAAGUUCUGUUCAGAGUCAAGAGCACAGAGACCUUGCCAUAGAGGCUGCUGUCAAGAGCCUUGUCCUGCUGAAGAAUCACUUGGAAAUUUUGCCCCUAGAUUUGGAGAAUAUCAGAGGGAAAAAGAUAGCGGUAAUUGGACCUUUCGCUGAUGACCCCCAAGGACUCUUUGGAGACUAUGAACCCCACCCAUAUCCUCAGUAUAUCUUCACACCAAGGGGUGGUCUUGAAAUGCUUCCAGUAAAUGUGAGCUUCGCUGCAGGAUGCAAUGAUGCACAGUGUAAAAAGUACUCCCCUGAUGAGAUAAUGGCAUUGGUGCAAUCUGCUGACAUCACCAUAGUGUGCCUUGGUACCGGUGUCGCUGUAGAGACUGAAGGUAAGGACCGAUCUGACCUAUUGCUACCGGGCCACCAAGCCGACCUUCUGAAGGAUGCUGUAGCCUUUGCUGGAGGGCACCCGGUGAUCUUACUCUUAUUUAAUGCUGGACCGCUGGAUGUUUCAUGGGCCCAGAGCAGCGACGGUGUACACGCCAUCUUGGAGUGCUUCUUUCCUGCGCAAGCUGCUGGUGUUGCAAUUGCUAAAACCUUAGUGGGGGCUGAUGGAGCAAACCCUGCAGGCAGACUGCCAGCCACAUGGCCAGCUGGAAUGGAACAGGUGCCUGCCAUGGACAAUUACACCAUGCAAGGCCGGACAUACCGUUAUUAUGGCAAACAGGUGCCUCUUUAUCCCUUUGGAUAUGGCCUUUCCUACACCAGGUUUCAGUACAGUGACCUGGUAUUGACUCGUACCUCCCUGCCCAUGUGCGAGACACUGCAGUUGUCCGGCAAGCUGUAUAAUUCUGGUAUCAGAACAGGGGAAGAGGUCGUGCAGUUGUACAUCAGCUGGUCUGAUGCCUCUGUGCCGGUUCCUCGUUUGCAGCUUGUGGGCAUUAAGCGAAUUCUGGUUCCAGUUGGCCAGUAUGUAAAGCUCUAUUUUUCAGUACAGCCCGAGCAACGAGCAGUAUGGACUGACAAGUGGAUGCUGGAACCUGGUGAAUUCUCUCUUUAUUUUGGAGGUCAACAGCCUUUCCAAGAUGUAACCGUCCCAUCCAACAUCCUGCACGCCAACUUUACCGUUGAGGGGAAAGCUCAGCCUCUUAGCACCUGCUAAGGUACUUAUUCUCCCCACUAGGUGGACAUCUUUGCAUAGAAAAAUCAACAUGCCCACCUAUUGGACAAGAAUGUGUUUUACAGAUGACAAUAGCGAACAACCUUGGACAAUCUUUCUUUUGUAAAAACACUGUAUAAGACGCUCUUCCUUUUCCUGUGCAUUCUUUUAAAGGCUGUCAUACCUAUUCAAAUGGAAUGAAAGGGAAAUAAACUUUAUUUUAGAUUAGGUCAUUA